AUGGCUCGCCGCAGCUCAGGAAGGUCCGCUCCACGCCCGGCUCCACGUGCUGCUCCAGUGAGGAACCCACCACAGCCAGCACGCCAGGCUCCUCCUCCAGCUCCUGUUCGGGAUGGUGGUGGCUCCAUUCUUGGAGGAAUCGGGUCUACCAUUGCUCAAGGUAUGGCAUUUGGUACUGGUAGUGCCAUGGCACACAGGGCUGUUGAUGCUGUAAUGGGUCCCCGGACCAUUCAGCAUGAGACUGUUGUCUCAGAGGCGGCCGCUGCUGCCCCUGCUGCUCCAGCUAUGAACACUGAUGCUUGCGGCAUCCAUUCUAAGGCCUUCCAAGAUUGUCUCAACAACUAUGGCAGUGAGAUCAGCAAGUGCCAGUUCUACCUUGACAUGCUGAACGAGUGCCGCCGUGGUGGUGUGUCUGCCUAA